AUGCUUGGUGACUCCGAUGUUGUGGCCAAUUUUGCGCCCGGUGGACACCAAUUUGCUUUCCAAGCGAAUUCAAACCUUUUGCAGCAGAAGAAUACGAUUGACAUAUAUCCGUUGGACUCUGCUAGUAACUAUGAGGUGAACAGUGCACAAGUGAACCAUUUGGACUAUGAAAAUAACGGGUUUAAAGCAUCAGAUAUUCUAUUCUUGGGGUGGUGUACUGAAAAUAGUUCUGGUAAAAUUAAGAGAAAGCUAGACGGUGAUAACAAUAGCUUACCUGGAAGUGAAAAUUUCUUCAUUAAUGCUUUUGGUAAUAACCAAGUGGUGGUCUACUCUUCUAAUGGUAAAGACAUUAUUAACAUCAUCAACAGCAAAAAGAAGCUACUAGGAUUAGCAACUUUAGGUGUAAAUAUUUGGACUUUAGAUGUUGAUAAAUGCGUCAAGAAAUACCAGUAUAAUAAAUCUAAGCCAGUCAAGACAUUCACUUUGAUAGAUGGUAAAAAUGAAGAUAUAACAAAUUUCCAAGUCUUUGCCAGUCCAACUGAUGCACUUGUACUGAUUAUUUGCGAAAACACAGUCUAUGUUAUCGAUCAAUCUGGUAGAAGACCAAAGACUUUGGCAAAGUUUGACAUUUUUGGUGCGUUAUCGUGCCAGAUAAAUACCAAAGGUACCCGCAUUGCUAUAUCAGACAUUGAGAAGGUUUCUUUAUUUGAUCUGAAGACAAAAGAGCUAAUAAAGGAGUGGCCAGUUCAGACCACCUCUUUGAAGAUGAUUGGUAGCCACGUAUACACGCUCAAUGUCGAUUCAACAAUAUCUGUGCUUGAUUCAGAUGCUGGAGACGAACCGGUCUGUACCAUUAGAGCAGAUGAAUCAGUUAUUUUAGAGUGCGUGCAGAUCCACGAAACCGAUCUUUUGGUCGCGUGGUUGAAUGUCAAUGAACCAAACUUCAAAUUGCUGUCCUUAGAAACGAUACUAAGCUGCAAGGAGAUUGUUAUCAAUGAGGGGCAGACAGAUGCGAAUAAUGAGAACAAUGGCACUGUGACCCGAAAUGUCGUUGACGAGGAGGAUAUUGCAGAAUUGGAACCCUCCACGGAGAAAGUAACUAAGAAAGAGCAAAAUGAAGUAGCAGUAAAGUUGUUAGCCGCAUUGAACUCACCAGAACCAAUUGAGUCAGAAAUUGCAACGUUAAUCAAAAGUAAUAACUGGACAGAACCCAGGAUCACCUUGUUUCUAUCAAAUAAAAUCUCCAAGGAUGCAACGCUUACGCUACUUAUCAAAAUAAUUGUUGACGAGCUGCAAAAUGGUAUUUGGACUGAAGCGAAUCAAAUUCUAAACGUGUGGCUCAAAUGGAUCUGCACUAUCAAGAAUAUCCCAAGUAGCUACAGAAACGAUAAACAAGAAAAGAAAGACUUAAGAAGACUGAAAUCUUCAUUAAAAACCGCGAACGACUCUUUACCGACUUUACUCGGUAUACAGGGGAGACUUGAAAUGCUGAUAAGACAAGCAAAAUUGAGAGAAGAAUUACAGAAAGUGUCAUUGGAAGACGAGAAAACGGAGGACCUAGUUGCGGAAGACGUCAUAGACGAGGGGGAGGAAGGCAUCUCUUACGUGAAUGGUGAAAGUGACGUUUUUGUCGACGCAUCUGAACAAAUAACUUCAUAG